UGUUGUCCAUUCCUUGUUUAUUUUUAUGAGGUAGCUAUGUGGCUUGGGCUUGGCGGGUGUGAAGCGGCUUGGUUAGAAGGGUACCUUGACUGUUAGCGGCAAAACUUUCUAAUCAUCAAUUGAAUUUCUCCUCAAUUUUUGCUCGGGCCGGGAAGAAUAUGCUGUGAGCUGGUAGAUCAUGUCUUAUUACGGAAACCAAGACGAUUUUAGAAACCCAUCUAUUUUCGAAGACAGGAACGAUUACUUGAAGAAUCCUUUCUUUACCAAGCACGAGCCCGGUGACUUUUCCCCUUUCUACACUGCUAUUGGAAUUUGCACUGUGAUUGGAAUUGCUCUGAUCGCUUUGAACGUCUUCUUCUGCUGCUGCUCUAAGCACAAGGACUACUGGACUGAUUCUAACACAGGAAAUCGCUGGAUCCUUCCUAUCUGGUCGAAAACUCCUCACUUGCAGCCUCCUCUGGACUACACAGAGUUGGACAAGAGCUGGCUUCCUGUUGUUGAGCCUGUAGAGCCAUUUGAACCAAUCUACGAAGAGCGAUUGCCUACAGUUUAUCUUGAACUGCAGAAGAGGGAAAGUGACAUUUAACCCUUUGUUUUUCAUUUAUAGACAUUU